AUGGAUUAUUUUCCUUGGCAUCCACAAGGCAUCAACAAGAUGGAGCCUCCCUAUACUCAACGCUCCGGCGUCCCUCUACAGACACGCCCGGUUCUUAGUCCCUUCAAUCCUUCGGCACUUCAAAGCCUCAGUUCGAUCCUACCCCGUAAGAAAAAUGGAAUCAGCAUUACUGUUCACGAUCAUUUUGCUUCCAAACGGUAUAGGCCCGGGUCUAUAGUCAAGGGAACGGUCGACAUCAAGCCAAAGAAAUCAACCACUUUUACGAGUAUCUCAAUCAAACUCGUCUGCGACUCAAGUGUUGAGCGACCAAAUGGAAACCUCUCAUUCGAGACAUGGCAUCGGCUCCUUGAGCUAGAGAUGCCGAUCGACGGGGAGACUCUACCAAGUUCCAAAAUUCUACAACCGAACCAGACAUACACAAUCCCAUUCUACUUCGUGCUGCCAAAUAGUCUCGGCACUGAAGCUUGCUCACAUAAUGUUCUUUGGCAAGAAGUCCGACAGUUACAUUCACAACUACCACCAACCCUUAAUGGCUGGGAGCGCGACGCCAUGGUCUCGAGGGGUGUUUGUAUCGAGUAUGGUAUUAUUGCUCAAGUUUGGAACUCCGCCUGUCCAGAGUAUGCCAAACUCGAGGCCAAAGAGACAAUCCAGUUUCUUCCGGGCUUUGUCGAGCAUCCCACUCUGAAGAUUCCGGACACAGACCGUGUUUACAAGUUCGAAUCUUCUAAGCAGCUAAAAACAAAUGUCUUUGCUCGCUCAAGCGGGCAGAUCACUCUGUCAGCGUGUCAACCCAACACUCUUGUGCUGGAUACGAUCGGAAGGGGCUUCCAACCCCUGGAAAUCUCUACUUCUCUCAGCUUGGAGUCUUCCGGUGGCAAGUCUGUCUUGCCACAAAAAGCUGUUGUCUCUGCCAAGAUCGAGUCCCAAAUGUGGUCACAAGACGAACCGAUGCAACAGUUUCCGCAUAUCGUUGAUGCAAGAGACUGUUACGUCGGGUCUGAGACUUUACUGAAGAAGUUGGAGGUAGAUCUGUCGUGGGAAAAAGAGGCCAUGAAGAGAAUAGGCACCACCACAGCACAGGCUGCUGAGGCUUUCAGCAGUCGAGUUGAAAUACCUCUGCAAAAUUUCAUGAGCGACAAGAAGAUGUUCCUUCCGACAUUCUACUCUUGCUUGGCUGCCAGAACAUACCAGCUGCACAUAACUAUUGUUGUUGCAUCGGUCACUUUAAAACUAGUACUGCCGAUUCAAUUGUCGGUGGAGGAUCCGCAGGGAACGCAAAAUAAUACGGAGCAUAGGCUUUCGGGGUAUAACCCAGAGAGCUCUGGAUUGCUGCCUUCAUACAACGAGUCUGAGAGGAGACAUUCGAGGGCAGAGUAA